AUGAUACAGAAAUCUCAAACACCUAUUACUCGUAUUGUGGUCAUAGCUUUAGAUCACUCAAGUAAUAGUCAGCAAGCAUUCGAUUGGUCUUUAAAAAACUUUUUGAGAAAAGAAACUGAUUUGGCUGUGUUAGUUAAUGUUCGACAAAUUCCUACAGUUCCUGUACCUUAUGCUGGUAAGAAUGAAGUUGUAACUAGCCUAGAAGAACAACAUCGUAUUAAUAGUCAUACAUUGUUACAAGAAUAUGCUGCUAAAUUAAAGAGUCACAAUGUAGAUGCUACCUUAAAUUUAAUACUUGUGUCAAGAAACUUAUUGGAGAUUGGGUUUUGUGAAGCUUUGGGUCCACCUUCAGGUGAUACUUUGGACAAAUAUAGAGAUGAUUACAACAAAUUAGUACGAUUUGGAGUGGAUAGUAAAAUUAGAUUCCUUAAUUAUUUAUUAACAAUUAGUAAGUCAUACUUGAUAGAAAAUUUAAAGGAUGCCUUGAAACUUCCAGUUUUACUUAUACAAUGGAAAGCCUCUGAACUUGUUCAUGCUCACAUGCUGAAUUUAUCCUUGUCACCUAGCAGCAACGACGAUAACAAUACUAGAAAUUUUAAUAAUAAUGGCGCAUCUAUUUCUCAACAAUCACAACAACCAAUAACUUUUGUAUUUGAAAGAUUCUGUCCUGGAGUUUCUUCAUCUUCUACUACUUCAUCAAUCUCUUCGUCCUCAUAUAGACUACCAAUUAAUAUUGAUUCACCUGUUUCUUUGAAUUCUUCAAAUAGAGAGGAUGAUUCAAAAUCUGAAUCGGAAUAUGAUGAUAACAUGGAUAUUUGUAGAAGUGAAGUUUGUUCUGAAUAUGAUAUGGAAGAAUCAGCGGUGGAAGGAUUGAAAAGAUUAUUAAUGAAGUUUACAGCAAUGACUCCUACAAGACUUCAAUCAAUUCUGUCAAUAUUAUUGGAUAAUGAUAUAGAUGAUGCUGACAUAUUGUUAUUGAUAGAUAAUGAACAAUUUCUUCAUACUCUUCGUGGUAAAAAUGGUUCAGAAAUUAGCCGGGGUAAUUGUUUAUUACUUUGGCAUGGGAUACAAGAAUAUCUGAAGGCACCUAAACUAAGUAUGUUAACAAUAGAAGAAAUACAUACCAGAGUGGAUUGUGUUUUGAGUGUUGUAACCAGUGAGAAUGAGCGUAGAAGGCAAAUUGCUCUUGCUCAUAAUCCAAAUUCCAAACCAACUUUGAAAUUUGAAAAUUUUGUUGCAGAACUCAAACAAUCUCACAGAAUCCCAGUGGCAUUUGGUACAUUGCGUGAUAUGAGAUUUGCUUAUAUGCUCAAAAAAUUGGAUAGACAACAUUAUGAACAAGUACUUGCUUCAAAUAAAAGUAAUGUGACUGAAUUUUAUCGAGCUUCUCAAGAGGUUUGUGAGAAUCUUUUUUCUGAUGAACAAUUGGAAUCUGCUUUACCUUGGUUGGAACUUAAAGCCAAAAUGUAUUACAAGUGA